AUUUACCCGAAGAUGUCCAGGUCGGUCCUUGUGUUGAUGGUGUGCAGGUUGGUCCUUGUGUUGAUGGUGUCCAGCUGUCUGGUUAUCAACGUUGCGUGGGCAGGUGAGUAGAACUGAGCAUAUGGUGUCGGGCACGGUAUUCAAUUUUCUAUUUAUAUGAAGCUGUUUCAUUCUUAACGAUAACUAAUUUUGUUUACCAAAAGUGGACUCACGUUCAAAGAAAAGAAAUCCCCACUAUUCAUUUUAAAGGUUAAAUUUUAAACAUUUGAGUUAACAAAUUAUUAUUUAACUUUUUAAAAAAAAAAUCUUUGCGAUCAAUUUUCUUGUUACAAACCAUCCACACCCCGGGUCUCAAUGGCGUUGAAUGAUGAACAAUUGUCAUUGUGCGACCUAGGGGCGGCGUUGUCGGACACCUUCAGAGUUUUUUUCUUGGAGGGGAUUGGGGGAAAAGGGGGGGGGGCUGCACAAUGUUUGGCCCUCAUCGAGUGGCACAAACCAUAGCCACACCACUGUUUCAUCUCCCUGUCUUCUUCUCUGCUUUUCUCCAGUGUGACCUCCCCAUCUCUUACAAACGUGUUGUUCUCCCCAAUCUUUUCCCCUCCUCUAAAAUAUGAAAGUUUUAACUACGACCAAUUUUAGUUUGCAAUACCUUCUAAGUAAAAAAAAAAUAAUAAUCAUGUAUGCAGUGUAAGUUUACAAAUUGUUUGUUCAAUUUCUAAAAGAGUAUCUUUUUAUAAAAACACAAAUUUUAUUUCACAGGUGAAAGUCCAUUAGGAGAAUGCCCUGAGAAUAUUUACUGUAUAGAUGUGGAGUGUCCCUACGGGUUUGAAACGAAUGCUUUUGACUGUUAUAGAAGGACCUGUAAAUGCAAACCUCCACCAGGCUGCAACCCCGUCCAGUGUCCGAACUUAAGCUGUCCGUAUGGUCGGGCUACUGACGCCAGUGGCUGUCCCAUUUGUCAGUGUAACCCACCAGUUUGCAAUUCUGUCUACUGUCCGAACUUAAACUGUCCAUAUGGCCAGGCUACUGACGCCAAUGGCUGCCCAAUUUGUCAAUGUAACCCACCAGUCUGCAAUCCCGUCUACUGUCCGAACUUAAACUGUCCAUAUGGUCAGGCUACUGACGCCAAUGGCUGCCCAAUUUGUCAAUGUAACCCACCAGUCUGCAAUCCUGUCUACUGUCCGAACUUAAACUGUCCAUAUGGUCAAGCUACUGACGCCAAUGGCUGCCCAAUUUGUCAGUGCAUAGUAUGUCAGACAGUUGAUUGUCAAUGUCAAUAUCAGACCAUCUGGAGCACGGGCCCCAAUGGUUGCCCGAGAUGCACUUGUCGAAAUGGGCCGUACGACGUUUAUAUACCAUGAUGAAGCGAUACUUUCCAAGGAUUGUCAUUCCCUUUAAACCUAUUGUGAUUAUGUGGACUCUGUAGUAAAACAUUUUUUUUUUUAACUUACAGGUUUAAAUAUAGAUAAUUUUACACAUUGCUAUAAAUCGCUACUAUUUAAUUUUUUUUAAAUUUUUUUUUAAAAAAGGUAUAUUUUGGGCUCUUAAAAAAUUGAAACAUAAAAUAAAAAUCAAAUAUGUUGUUAUGACCAACAAAAUAGCUAUAUACUUGACCUGACCUCAAUAAAUAAAAAGAAUUUUGAAUAAGGUCAUGUUGAUUAAAUAUUUACUUUAAAAAAAUCUCUUCCCUUUCUUUAUGAUCACAAAUUACUUCCGCACUAAAUUCGAACUUUAGUGUUAAUUCUAUCUUCAAGUCUUCAUUGUACUAAGUACAACAUACAUUUUAAACGUAAGACUUUCAUUCUUUUCAAAUUUAAAAACCAGAU